AUGUCGAUCAAGCUCACGACGUCGCGGGCCGCCGGGGCGCUCGUCAACAGCCCGGUCGCCAACCGCGUGCACCCGGCUCCGCCCGAGUCGAGUCGCGCGAGCGUCCCGGUCGUGCGGCCGCCGUACAAGUCGGUGUUUCCGCUUGAGAACUUUGCGAUGGACGACGUCGCGUUGCACUUUAUCAGCCUCGCGUUCAUUCGCAUCUCGAUCAACAAGGUCAUGCUCGAGGUCGAAGCCGCCUUCUCCGAACACUACGCGGCCAUCAUGAAGAAGGUGCACAUCCGCGGCAUGCUGAGCAUCAUCGUCUUCCUCAUCGGCACCAUCGUCUACGACUAUGGCAUUCUAGUCAUGGGCGUUGGCACGAGCUUGACGUCCAACCAAACGAUCUUCAAGAACGCGUACUCGAUGACGGCGUUCUACGUCACGCUCGCGCUGCGCUUUGGCAUCAUCAUCCCGCUCCUCGGGCUCAACGUGUGGGCCGCCACGCACGCAAGCCACAAGCGCUACAUGCAAAUUACGUGGGCCUCUCACAUCUUCCUCGGGUCGUACCCGAUCGUAUACAACAAGCUCACGAGCGACUACGGCGUCUCGUGGUUCUGUCUCUUCAUCAUGUACUUCUACAACUGCACGCCGAUUCCGUUCUUCCACAUGCUCCUCUUCAACGCGACGCUGCAGGUCACGUACGCGGCCGUCGUGCUCACGGGCGCGUCGACCACGCCCGACGAGCAGGCCGAGAAGGCGGCCAUUUUGCGCGAGUGGCUCUACGCGAUCCUCUUCUACGUCCUCGUCUCGUUUCCAAGGUGCUACCUUCCAGAUGAGGUCGACUUCAAUCGCGCGAGUUUGCGAUUCGCGUGA